AUGGCCCAAAUCUACCAGAAGAGCCAUUAUGACUAUGACGGCAUGCAGCGGUCAAACCGACGACCCUCGCGUGGCCCUCUUCACACUGUUGAUCGAGGUGUUCCAUAUGUGGCCUACUCAACUAGACCGGAUCCUCGCAACGAGUCGAGAACCUACGUCCUCCCAACUCCUAUCCAUGACAUAGGUGAUGACAGUGACCAAGGAUCUGCCAGGAAGCGCACUUCGAUGGCUGUAGGCACAAGCCAGACCUUCGACCUCGACACUUCUGUUGGAGGACCUUCUUCCCUAGCCCCAGUCUCGCCGUACAGUCCUGUGUCGCCUGGCGGUAAUGGCUAUCCUGCGUACCCAACAGACGACAGAUCUUCCUCGGUGCCCGCAUAUGGCAGAUCCGGGUAUCCACAAACAUCUCUCCCUGCUUACAGUUACGACAUCGAUACUCCAACCUAUGCAGUCAGCGACGACUCUCGAUCAUGGACAACUGGAAGUCGCUCUAGCACUGGUGUGAGUUACUAUCAGCAAGAAAGCCCUGGGUCGUACGACUAUUCUACUCCGAUAUCCAGGAUCUCCAGUGAUUCCAACGAACCUCUUUCUCCACUGAACAUGAGCAACUUGCAACAUUCGCUUCCUCUACCUCUCGAGCGCCGUUUGCCUGCUCCCAACUUUGUUGGCAGUCCGAUCACCCCUGACAACGACGUCCGUAGCCCUAUCAGUGCUCGACUCGCAGGCUUGAGCAUCAGUGGGCCGUACAGCAGAAAUAACAGUACCUCCUGGGCUGUAGACGGGAUUGAGCGCCGCCAACCCUCGAUCUAUGAUCUCGCCGAGGCAAGUAUGGUGCUGCCUCCAGUCACACGAGGAUUGAAUGGAUCUGCGGCAACUCUGCCAGCCCUCAAUCAUGAUAGUACUCCGAUGUCCAUCGCAAUGUUUGUAUCUUCCGGGACAGAGGGUCUGGUUCACGCUUCCACCAGUGCCACGCAACCAGCCUACUACGCUUCCUCUACCUCCGCGCUUCCCUCCUUGACUACAGGAAUGUUGCCACCGACAGACUACGCCCGCUACACGGCCAUCAAUACCAGCAAUUCUUCCCUGCCAGUUAUUAGCACGAGCGAUCGUGCAGACACCACCACCUACUAUAGCUGGACUCCCACGAAUGCCGGCAGCACUGAAGCUCUUCCCGUCCUCAACACCGUCGAAGUGACCCCUCAAACCAGUGCUGUAUCGAAUCGUAAAUACAGCUCUGCGCAGCUCUCGACAGGAUGUUCACCUCUGCAUCAUCCACGGCCAAAGAUUGUUCCAUCGACACCUCACGCGACGACACUCGAGAAGCAUGAUCGCGUACAGCAGAAAGACGGAAAGAGCCAGAGACCUUCUUCUGCGUCCAGCCAGCACAAGUCUGCCCCGGGAUCUUCAAGUUCGAGUUCCAACAAGAAGAGUGGUCACAGACCUAGCAAGGGUAGCCUUUGA